AUGAUAAAUAUGGAUACAUCAAGUUAUACUGGUUUACCUAACAAACUAUGCCAAGGUUUAACUUCAGUAAAAUCCACAUUGACUACAGGCCAUAUUUUGGAAAAGUCUGAGAUCACCCAUGUAGAUACUCGCGAUAAAUUCCAUCAUCAUAUGGCACGUAGUGUCUUAGGUAUUCAAGCACCAUUAAAACUUCAAACAGAAUUACAAAUUGCCAAGAAAAUUGGUCGUUUACCGUGCCUACCAAGUUCACGAUUGAUGCUCGAUGUUUUACGUGGUACUAAUGAAGACAUAUCAUUCGAUGAUAUUUUAAAUAAUCCUCGAGAAUUUGGUGAAAUUCAAGUUGAUCCACAUUUAGCUAUGGACAAACGUGAUCAAUUAUUUUGA